GCGGCAGCAUAUCCCAUUUGAUUGGUCGAUUACCUUUAGCAUAAUCUUAGGGCCUCAAGAAGAGCGGGUAGUAGGACGCUAUCAGCAAAUGGGUUCGGGCCCGAUAGUGUAUUGGAUUUGUUUGCUUCGUUCUUUCAGAAAGCCUCACUUUGGCUGUUCGGUCUAGAAGAUUUGAAACGCGAGACUCUCUUUUCCGGUUCUGCCUGCAGUCUUCGAGAAAACGAGGAAAGAAGGGAAGGGCAUGCGCGGGUGGACAGUCCCUGCCGAGUCUCCGUAAUCUUGGGCUCUCGCCUGGCACUGCUGUGUGGGGCCAUUCGCUUGUCACUUUUGCUGCAGUCUUGUUUAAUAGAAGUGGGAACUGAUGUUUUGAAGGGGCUAGAAGAUCUCGAAGACUGGUCGUUUGUACAUUCGAGUACUCACGUUUUGCGGAAAAGAACUUAAGUAUUGCAGUAGAGAGAUGGACGUGGAAUUUUAAGGAGUUUCUGUGUAUUUCCGAAUCAGAGCUUUGAUCACUGUCCCAACACCAGCAGCAACAGAUUCGCGUUUGUAUCUCGUCGUCCUGGUAUUCAAUAUGCACUUCUCUUCUUGGUUAAGUCAGCUGUGCAAGAGUUUAUCCAGACCCAUCGGAAGGACCACCCAGCCCAUCUGGGUUUCUCUCUCCAGAAAUCUGGUGCUGAGGUCACAGAGGAAAAUUCCAGAAUUCAGUAGCUUUGUUGCCCGGACCAACACAUGUGGAGAGUUGCGACCUUCUCACUUAGGCCAAGAAGUCACCUUGUGUGGAUGGAUUCAGUACCGAAGGCAGAACGUCUUCUUAGUCCUGAGAGAUUGCCAUGGACUUGUUCAAGUUAUCAUUCCUCAGGAUGAGUCAGCUGCCUCUGUGAAGAAGAUUUUAUGUGAAGCCCCUCUGGAAUCUGUGGUGCAAAUUUCAGGAACAGUUAUUUCCCGUCCUCCAGGACAAGAAAAUCCAAAAAUGCCAACAGGAGCUAUUGAAAUAAAAGUUAAAACAGCUGAGCUUCUGAAUUCCAGCAAGAAGCUGCCCUUUGAGAUUAAAGACUUUGUGAAGAAAACAGAGGCUCUUCGUUUGCAGUAUCGGUACUUGGACUUGCGCAGCGCCCAAAUGCAGUACAACCUGCGACUCAGGUCCCAGAUGGUCAUGAAAAUGCGGGAGUAUCUUUGCAAUCUGCAUGGGUUUGUGGAUGUAGAAACUCCAACAUUAUUUAAGAGGACCCCAGGGGGUGCCAAAGAGUUUUUAGUACCAUCCAGGGAACCUGGAAAGUUUUAUUCUCUCCCUCAGAGUCCUCAACAGUUCAAGCAGCUUCUGAUGAUUGGUGGUUUAGACAGAUAUUUUCAGGUUGCCCGAUGUUACCGAGAUGAAGGUUCGAGACCUGACAGGCAGCCUGAGUUUACUCAGAUUGACAUAGAGAUGUCUUUUGUAGACCAGACUGGGAUCCGGAAUUUAAUCGAGGGUUUGCUCCAGUAUUCUUGGCCCAGUGACAAAGAUCCCGUGGUGAUUCCUUUUCCUUCCAUGACUUUUGCUGAAGCGUUGGCCAGCUAUGGAACUGAUAAACCUGACACGCGUUUUGGGAUGAAGAUUACAGAUGUCAGUGAGGUGUUCAGAAACACAGAGAGUGAAUUUCUCCAGGAUGCACUUAGUAAGCCCCAAGGAACCAUCAAAGCCAUAUGUGUCCAGGAAGGAGCAAAGCACUUAAAGAGGAAAGAGAUUGAGUCCAUUAGAAAAUGUGCAACUGACCAUUUUAAUCAGGAAGUCUUACCUAUAUUUUUGAAAGCCAACAGUAACUGGAAUUCUCGAGCUGCCAGGCUUCUAGUGGAGGAGCAGAGAUUGGAAUUAACCCGGAUAAUGGAGGCCCAGGAGGACGAUGUGGUCUUCCUGACUGCUGGCGAGCACGGGAAAACAUGCUCUUUGUUGGGGAAAUUACGGCUAGAAUGUGCUGACCUUCUGGAAGGGAGAGGAGUGGUACUUCGAGACCCCACCCGAUUCUCCUUCCUCUGGGUGGUGGAUUUCCCACUGUUCCUUCCCAAGGAGGACAACCCCAGUGAGCUGGAAUCAGCCCACCACCCAUUCACUGCUCCUCACCCCAGUGACCGUCACCUCCUUUACACUGCGCCGGAAAAGGUUCGUAGCCAGCACUACGACUUGGUUUUAAAUGGUAAUGAGAUAGGAGGUGGUUCUAUUCGAAUUCAUGACGCAGAGCUUCAGCGUUACAUCCUGUCAACAUUACUGAAGGAAGAUGUGACAUUGCUCUCCCAUCUGCUCCAGGCUUUGGAUUAUGGGGCACCCCCACAUGGAGGAAUUGCCUUAGGGUUAGACAGACUGAUGUGCCUUGUCACUGGAGCUUCAAGUAUCAGAGAUGUCAUCGCCUUCCCAAAAUCCUUCCGAGGACACGAUCUUAUGAGCAAUGCCCCAGAUUCUGUCCCUGCUGAGGAACUGAAGCCCUAUCAUAUCCAAGUCUCCUGGCCAACAGACUCAGAAGCAGAAAAGAGUUCUUUGAAUCAUUCAUAUCAUCCAGAAAGUUGAGCUUUUGAGUUUCAUCCUCUUCACUUUGCCAGUGCUAAAAUCAGCUCCAGAUCUGCCGUCAGUCUGACAAUCAUGUAUUUAGGUGGAAGUAAUCCAGCAAGAUUUCUCACAGUAAGGAUCAGCGGAUACCUGAUUUUGAUUUGGUAACAUGUACUAUUAGGGCAUUUAUGAAUUAGUGUGUUUACUGAAGUUCCUUUUUACCUGGAGAUUAUAAAAGAUAGCUCUUUACUAGAGUAAUAUAGUGGCUUCAUAUUUUCUAAUCAAGUCUUCCACACCAAGAUUAUUCACAUAAGACAGAGAAAAUCCAAUCAUAAAAGAAAGUGCUUGCUGCUGUAGAGGUGAUGGAGGGAAGGUUGCUGUUCAUCUAGCUUAAAGAGAUUGAUAAAUUAGGCUUUAUGGGGAUAUUUCAACUCUCAGAACAAUGUACUAAGGAUAAUAAACCAUCACAGAAAUAAGUCACAAAA